AUUAGAUUUAAGUUCCAAUUUGAUUUGGAUCAUUGGAUAUGCGAGAUGAACGACCCGGAUUUGAUUAGUAAUUAAGCAUUCCGUACUUCAUUAUUUCGCCUAUUUCGUGCAUUAUGAGGGCGAAUUAGUAAUUUGAUAUUCUCAAAUCUGAGGAAAACGAGGAGGCUCGAAUUUACGGGAUACGCCCACUGAUUUCCAUCUACCUCCUCACUCAUCAAAAACCGCAUUUACUCCCCUUCUCUCUCCAUAAUCGUUCUCAAAUCCAAUCCGACUUGCAAAACCCUAGCCGCCGCUGACAUUGUGUUCGGUGAUUCAAGCGUUUUUUCAGUCGAUUUGCAUUCUUCUGGUCUGUUCCGAACAUUACUCCACCGCAUUCUAAGAAGAGAUCUUAAAAUGCCAAAAAGAGGACGGCCCACCAAUUCGCAGCAAUCCCAGCAAGAUGGGGCUAAGCAACUGACAGUGAACAUAGAGGAUGCGGUAGAUGAUUUACUACCCGUUGGAAUUGCACAAAAAUUCCGGAAGCGACUAACGGAGGCAUCCACAAGUAGUGCGCAAACCGAGUCUGAAGACAAAAAGAAUAAAGGAAGAAAGGAUGACUACUUAUACUGCCGGCGUACACCAGCCGAAUUCUUGGCGUGCUUGAAGAAUCUAACGCCGCAGCAAAAGGCAGCUGUGGCCGAACUUGGGUUUGAGGCCGUCUUGGGCUUUGAGGCGAAGGAGAUUCCAGGUCGCCUAGCCCAUUGGGUGCUCAGCUCCUUUAAUCUUGCGCGCUGCCAGAUCGCUCUGACAGGAGGGGUAAACCUUGAUUUAGAUGAGAAAGACGUCCGCUUGACGUUGGGAUUUCCUAAAGGGCGAACUGCUAUUUCAAGGCCAACGGAACAUCAAAGCCAGUUCGCGUUCAAUGAUAUGAUUGUUGCUCGUUGUGGGAAGGGUCGUUUUAAAAUGAGCCCAAAGGACAUCUCCCACCUGAUGAUGCAGAAGGUGAAAGGUGGAGAUGUCUUCAAGAAACUAUAUAUGUUCAUGGUGGAAAAUGUGUUAAUAGAGACCCCUGCUGAUGGCCACUGCAAACCGAAGAUUUUGAAUUUUAUAGAUGAUGUGGACGAAAUAAGACACUUGAACUGGUGUGGAUACGUUCUUUCAGUGCUCGAGGCCACGUACCCAAGCUGGGCAAAUCGCCAGAGUGUCAAUUUUAGCGGUCCAAUCUACUUCUUGGUGGGCGCAUACGUGGACCGUGUUGUGCAUUGUCGAAGGAGGGUGAUUCAUUCAUGGCCAACUAUCAAGGGGUGGACAUCCGAGGAUUUGAAGCAGAGGGAUGACGUAGAGCACGGGCAGUAUGGAACAGGGAGGCUGGAAGCCCGGAUUGAUAAGGAAAAGUGGCUGGAAGAAAAAGAAGUAAGAAAGCUUGAAAUGAGUAUCAGAGGAGAGCCUGCAGUACCAGGCGGAGUCGGCGCGUACAGUUUUAGAAAACAAUUUGCUGCCUCAAGCACCCAGAUGGCACGCGCUAUUUCUGCUUGGUUAGAUGAUUACAACCGUAUACCGGAGGAUUUGCUGGAUGACGUGUGCUUCCGUGCUGGAAGCCAAAUUGGGAAAAAGUUGCUGGGCAUGGAAGAUCAGGAUGCGGUGGCGGAUGAGGAAAUAGUCACCAGACUCACCCAGGCACGUGAUGACGAAGAAGAAUUUAGCCCAGAGUGGAUCGUUGAAUUAGAAACAAUGAUGGCUGCUUAUGACAAGAAGAAGACAAUCAAUAAGAGCACAACAAGGCCGUCUUUCGUCCUAGACGGCUUCAAUUGCCCGGAUCCUUUUGCAACCCAACCGUCAGAUGGGUCGGGGGGGAGUGGAACUGCCGGUAAACAGGCUCCACAUGUUGACAUUGCACCGGAAGCCCCAAUCAUUGGGCAGCCGGGAGGUGAAGAUGUCGAAGAAGAUGUCGGCAUUCCCGCGCCGUUUGUUUACAAUAUCCCGGAUAUCACACACACAGGCGCAGGCGUUAUCGACCCACAGCUCCAGCAAGCAGACAUCGUGGUUGGCGGGAGUUUGAGGAGCACAACCGAGGAACAGGUGAAUGCUUCCGUUGUAGAAUCUGUCCGUGAGGCAGUUUAGGGGGUGGCAGACGCCUGCGGUGGAGGCCAAACAAAAAAAGACAACACAUCAACAAAUGGUCUAUAGAUAGGAGCAUUGGGUCAGAAGGGUGGAGCUUUAACGGAAAGUGCCAAGGUCAGCAACACACAACCAAAAAGUAAGGGGGACACAGCAAAGGGAAAGAAGGUGAAGGAGACGUUGACACAUAAGAUUCCACCCCAGACCAAGGGUAAGGC